AUGUAUAAAUGUAAUAAAAAUGUUAAAGGUAGUGUCGAUGAAAUACCUUUGCAAACAUUUGAUUGUACUUAUAAUGAGUUGGUCGAAAUAAAAACUGAAGCUAAAAGUUCUUACCUUAAAGCUUUUGAAGAAGACAAUUUCAUUGAGUUUAAAAAACUGAUAAAAAAAUCGAUAACACUUCGAUUCUUAGAAUCGUCCCGGCGCCGAACUCACCAAAUAUUUACUCAACCAACGGAAGUCGAAAUGAGCGAUUUCGAGGAAAUUCUGCAAGCAAAUAAAUACGCUGCUAAGUACAUUAGUUUUGUUUUGGAAUAUUUCCAACUGUACAAUGACGAACUCUUCGUAAGUUCAAAAAAUAAAGCAGGAAAAACUUUGAUUUACUAUGUCGGAUCCUCGAAGAACAUUGAAAACUUAUUAAGCUUUCUUAUAUUUGAUUGGUUUAAUCUCAGUGGAAAGAAAUCUGUAAACUAUGCAUUGGUCAUAAAAGGUCGAGAAUUCAAAAAUGCUUUCGCUAUGUCAUUGUUUGAGAAGCUUUACGAGAUUCUUGAAGACGAAAGUAACAAAAUCUUCCACGAAAUAUGUAUGCGAGUUAUUUAUCAAUUUUUACAUGAAGUAAGUUCAAUAGAAGCCACUGAAGAAUUCUUCGAAAUUCAUGAUUUGUGCAUUGACAAAGUUUUCAAAUUAAAAAAUCAAAAAUAUCUCGAAAAAAUAUUACAAAUUUUUGUCGUGUUUUUGAUUGAAAAUGAAAGUGAAAUAAUGAAAAUUAAAGACACAUUCAUGUCAGUUAUUAAAUCAGAAGAAAUGGAGAAUUUCUUUCGUGUUGCUUUUUUGUUAAAAGAAGGAAAGAAAAAAGAAUUUCAAAGAAAACUUGCUACAUGGAUUGAAAGCUAUGAGAAGAUUUUUGGAAAAUAUCACAAAGUUAUUUUGAAACCACAUUUACAACUUCUCUUCAACAUUGUUAAAAGACUAAACAUGAACAGUCUUGGUGAGUUUAUGCUUCGUAAAUAUUCAUUUCUUGGAGUGAAUUACACCAUCGUGGAAAUUUUCCAUGAUCAACAAGAUUUCCAACGAUUUAUCAUCAGUCAACCUAAGUUUUCUGAACUCAAUGAAUUGAGUGAUAAGGUCACAGAAAACAACUUCACUCACUGUGAUCUGAAUGAGAUUUUAAAUGAUUAUAUGAACUAUGAUAACAAAGAAAUUAAUGAAUUGAAAACUUUCAUAUUCGGGAGAAAUAUUGCAAACAACGAUUUUCAUAACGAAACUAUUUUUGAACAAAUUUUAUCAACUCCAAAUGCAAGCAAUACAAUUGAACUUAUAUGGAAAGUAUUUAAAUUGAAAAAUCUGAAAGAGCUGUUGAUAUUU